GUUCGUCUUCAUUGUACAUCAUUCUUCAUUAUACAAAGUACAUCAUUCUUCGCUUCUUUGCUACAUAUAAUCUAUACCUCCUUUUUACACACCUUUCAUAUCCAUAUGGCUACAGCCACAUCGGAGCUUGUAUUCUCACCGCAAGCAAAUCAUAAUUUCUCACGCAUACUUAGCGAUCUUAAAAGAUCAAACCUCUCCAUCAGCAACCGUCUACGCUCCAUACGGGAAGAUGCAGACUUCGUAUCCGAGGUGGCAUCUGCAUUUACCCGUCCACUGAUUGCUAACGAGCGCUGCGGUAGCUGGUACAUUCCCCCUGCAAACAAAGCUGGGUCUGCUUAUUUCAAAAGCACAGAUGGCCACACGGGCCAGUGGAGGUUCAGCACGCGACGGUUGAACUUGAACUUGUUGGCCAUUAUUGGUGAAAAUGAUGGCUGCAUCAUCGUCGAUUCGACGAGGAGAGGCAAACGGAUGCCAGAUGCUCUUAGUAAGACAGUACCGAUUUGGUGCUGUGUUCUGAAUCACGUCUUGUUCCCGGAAACACCAGCAUUUCACGAGCUAUAUACUCCUCCGAACACAGUAUCGAGAUCUGAACAUACCCAGAUAGAAGCGAGAAUCCCAGAGCAUGUGGCUUCACUUAGAGAGCUCGGCAUCAACAUGGACGUCUUACGCCGGGAACUGAAGAAGCCACUUAGGCCCAUGUGGGUUACUCAGGAAUCGCAACUUCUCCAGACGGACCAGAUAUUUGACGACUUCCAUCCUGUCAUCUGUUGCACGAGCUCCCGUCGAGUUCUUGGCGGGGAAAUGAGUGAGGGGGGCUACAUCCAAGGCGCCGGUGAUGAUACCGAGAACUGGGCCCUGGGAUUAACACCACCGGUUUUCUGGCGCCAUGAGGAUAUCCUCUUAUCUACCCCGGAAGCGGAUCUACCCGACCUUGUGCGCUCCUUGGUCGCAAAUUCGGCUGUCGAUGUAAACGCUCCAGGCCCUAGAGAGGUUGCGCCGUCGUUAUUCGUCAGCUGUUUACCAUUUACUGAACCCUCAACUUCCUCCUCAACUUGCACGGUUAUUAUCCAUUCCAAUACUACAGAUCCAAGCACUUGGGUGAAGAGCCCAUCGUUCAUGGAAGUCGGUGUGGGUAAGCAUAAGCGUGCUAGUCGCAAUCUUCGCCUGGCCCUCCCCAACAUCAACGAUUUCGUACGCCGGUUCCUGCAACGGGAACCAGAUUCCAAUUCUUCCUUGGAAGGUUCAGCCACGAGCUCGUCUGAAAAACGACGUAUCUUGAUCGCCUGCGAGACCGGUAAGGAUUUGUCGGUCGGAAUAGCCCUUGCGCUAUUAUGCCAAAAUUUCGACAGCGAAGGCAAUCUUAAACCGGAUGCACAACCUUCUGGACACACCAAGAGCGAUAUUAGAGUCAAGCUUAGCCGGAUUAUGACGGCUUUCCCCGAAGCAAACCCAAGCCGAGCGACAUUACAAAGCGUCAAUAGCUACCUGAUGGGCUAGGUUUCUUAGAGACCUGAGAGCUUAUGCCGCUAUCAAUAUACUGCCGAGGAACGUCGGAAAUAACACCGAAGCUGAAGGUGCUUUUUUCUGUGACUUCAGCUUCCUUUAGACCAUCUGAAAGGUCUAGAUUCUGAUCUAGUAUCACACUCGUAUAAUAUAACAAACAGUCUAACAGCAUUUCGCAAGACCUAGUGUGAGAGUGAUAGGUAUGUUUGCUAUACCUGUCGCCUGUAUCACCUGGUUAAGCAACAUCUCUAUGCUUAUCAUCUUGCUAGUCUUGCUGUCAUAUCAUAAUUCCUAGUAUGCUUCUAAUGGAUUAGCUACCUACCAUUAGGUACCCAUCCCCCUCUCAGAGCUUCCCGUGGGUAUCCCUAGGUUGCGACUGAUAGCUGUGUAACUCGGAUUAGAAGAGUCAGCAGUUUGUCAAUAUUGGUAGAGAAAAGCAGCCGUGCUCAAAUCCUCUUAACCGUAUGCUGGCACGUUGAAAAGGAAAGGUCAUCGAUGUCCUGAUACCUAACAUGGUCGCUGAGCGAAAACCACAUCAGAAGAAAUACUUCCCAAGAGAGGACAUUAUGAAUGGGUGGUAAGAACUAACUUUAGGGGUAUAUACCCCUCGUAUCAUCACGUAGGCUUGAUGUCUUAACAUACCGUUUCGGAGUUAUGCGGUCGAAGGAU